ACCGCACGGACGUACAUACUCUGCCACUUCCUAAUUGCCUAUAUCACGCGCAAUAAUUUUUGUGAGUUUCUAACUCCAUAUCCUUGCUGGAAUCACGUUAAUUAGGUAUUCAGAAUGAUGCCUCGAGAGGGCGACAUCAUGCAAGCGACUAAGAGACCGCGAGGCAAGGACGGAGACGAUGCUCCGGACACGAAACGAGCGAUGCUGGCAAGGUCGUCAGUUGCGAUGCGGCUGAUGGCCAAAAUGGGCUACAAGGAGGGUGGUGGCCUCGGCCGAGACGGGCAAGGAAUCACCGCACCUGUAGCCCCUAGCACUCAGAGCGGUCGUCGGGGCUUUGGCCUGAAGGUGGCAGGACUGGAAAGCAAGUCCAUCGAGUGGGAUUGGGACUCGGAGGUGGUCCAAGCGAAGGAGACGCUGAGAUGGCUGCCUGGUUCUAAAGGGCCCACUGGUCUCUCCCCAAACUGGAUCCAGCUCGGUGAGGACAAACGCACCAUGGACGACGAGCACAAGUUUUGUUCUCCCGCGGUUUUGAAGACAUUACUCAGCGCAAAGUCUGUGUUCGACCAGCUGAACGACACAGAGCUGAGAAAAGCCCGAGGAAAAUGCAAUCCGUUUGAAGGCAUCGGUAAAGUGUUUUUCCAAAACAGAGCCGCAGUAAAAAUGGCCAACAUUGAUGCCGUGUGUGGGAUGAUGUUCACCGACCCGAAGAACGAAGAAGGCCAAAAAACGGUGCCAGUAGAUGAGCUCCUGUACUUUGCUGACGUCUGCGCUGGACCAGGUGGUUUCUCGGAAUACGUACUCUGGCGGAAGAGGUGGCAAGCCAAGGGCUUUGGCUUCACACUUCGCGCCGGGGGCAAUGACUUCAAGCUGGAAGACUUCUACGCAGCGAGUGCGGAGACGUUUGAGCCGUGCUAUGGGGAGGAUGGAGAUGGUGACAUCUACAAGCCAGCCAACAUUCGUCACUUCCAGGAGCACGUACUCGCAAACACAGAUGGCAAGGGAGUCCAUUUCACCAUGGCUGACGGAGGCUUCUCCGUCGAGGGCCAGGAAAACAUCCAGGAAAUCCUAUCUCAUCGGCUGUACCUGUGUCAGUGCCUGGUAGCCCUGAGCAUUACUCGCCCCGGUGGACAUUUCGUAGUCAAGCUGUUUGAUGUCUUCACCCUAUUCAGUGCUGGUCUCAUUUGGCUGAUGAGGAGAGCUUUCAGAGAAAUCUGCAUCUUCAAGCCUAAUACAAGUCGGCCUGCUAAUUCCGAAAGAUAUCUGGUUUGCAAGCAUAAACUAGCUGACGUGUCUGCCGUGAGAGAUCUCAUGUGGACUGCUAACGAGGAGUUCGAAAAACUGGCAACUGUUACUGGCAAAGCAGUUGUCAGCUUAGUUCCUGAGGAUAUUAUUGCUGGCGACAAGGAGCUCGUAGACUACCUGACAACGUCAAACAACGAUCUUGGCCAUCGGCAGGUUGUCUCACUGAACAAAAUCAAAGCAUUCUGCCAGGACUCCACAUUGUUCGAGCCAAGACAGGCUGAGAUGAGGAAGAGCUGUCUGGACCUGUGGCGCAUCCCGGACGAAAGCCGAACUGUUCCUAGAGUGGAGCAUCCAGAGGCCGCGUUCGCUGCACUCGAAUGGGAUUACCGCAAACACUCCUGGGGUUUGACGCCCACGAUUCUGCAGGACCACAUGAAAAUGCUGGAGUGGAGGUGCUACGCUAUGAAUGCAGGACCUACUUCCAAGAAUAAUUGCACACUGUUUUUAAGCGUGGGACGUGGCAAUGUCUACUAUCUAGACGGCAAAGGCGGCAGAUGGCUCAACGUUAGCGUGCAAAACGCUAAGCUCGACCUUCCUGCACGCACCCUGGUGUUUGGAGAACUGGUGUCGGAGCUGCGUGGAGAGGCUCGUGCGCAAAGCAACAUAAAAGUGCUGCAUGUGAUGGAUGCGCAUGUGUUAGGUGGCCGCGUCAUUGGCCAUCUAAGCUUUGACGAGCGCGUUCACCACUGCAAACUGUUCGCCAAGGCCAUCGAGAGACCCAGCAGAAUCGACCUGACUCGGUUCGAGGUGAAGCAAGCCUUCACAAUGGACAAGUUGGAUUCCCUGUUUGCAAAGCUCAACUCGAAGAAGAUCAAGCAGUUGGGCGGAGACAGGAGAGUGUGCAUCAUGCUCGACGACAGCGAGGACAAGUUCCACGUGGUCGGAGGGAUAUCGUUCAUGAAGGUAGUCAAGGAACCUUGGACUGUGGCGUUCAGCAAGUCUGCCAGCCGCAAGUACUGGUUCAACCUAAAGAACGGAGCGUCCCUGUUCGAGCGUCCGCCCGAGUCAAACCUGAGCUUUCAAGGGUCCGUCAAUGGGCGCCUUGAUUGGUGGUGGGAUGACAAAGUCAACCUUGCCAUGUGUGAUGACGUGAGAGAACUGGACUCAGGCAUCGUACACAGAGUCAACUUGGUUGACAAAAUCGAGCGAGAAAAAAUCAGCCUAAAAAUGAAUUAG